AUGGGUCCCAAGAAGGCCGUGAAGGAAGAAAAGGUGCUUCUCGGUCGUCCGGGGAACAACCUGAAGAGCGGUAUCGUCGGUCUCGCCAACGUUGGCAAGUCGACGCUCUUCCAGGCGAUCACCAAGUGUUCGCUGGGUAACCCGGCUAACUUCCCGUAUGCCACCAUCGACCCAGAAGAAGCGCGUGUCAUUGUCCCUGAUUCCCGCUUCGACUGGCUGUGCGAGCACUAUAAGCCCAAGUCGCAGGUGCCUGCCAACCUGACAGUCUACGAUAUCGCCGGUCUGACGCGUGGUGCUUCGACCGGUGCUGGUCUGGGAAACGCUUUCCUGUCGCACAUCCGUGCCGUCGAUGCCAUCUUCCAGGUGGUGCGAUGUUUCGAUGAUGCAGAGAUCAUCCACGUCGAGGGUGACGUCGAUCCCAUCCGUGAUCUGACCAUCAUCAGCGAGGAGCUGCGCAUCAAGGAUAUCGAGUUCGUCGAGAAGGCCCUCGAGUCCCUGCAGAAGCAGACGAAGCGUGGUGGUCAGAGUUUGGAAAUGAAGAAGCUGAAGGAAGAGGAGGCCACCGUGGCUAAGGUCCUCCAGUGGCUCAAGGACGGCAAGGAUGUCCGCAAGGGUGACUGGACGCCCAAGGAGGUCGAGGUGAUCAACCCUCUGUUCCUCCUCACGGCUAAGCCCGUCGUCUACCUGGUCAACCUCAGCGAGAGGGACUACAUCCGCCAGAAGAACAAGUAUCUUCCCAAGGUCGCGGAGUGGAUCAAGGAGCACUCUGCCGGUGACCCAGUCAUUCCGCUGUCCGUCUCUUUCGAGGAGCGAUUGACCCGCUUUGAGAACGAUGCUGAGGCCGAGGAGGAGUGCAAGAAGCUGGGCACCAAAUCGGCCCUGCCCAAGGUCAUUGUGACCAUGCGCCAGGUUCUGAACCUGGGCAGCUUCUUCACCUGCGGUGCGGACGAAGUCCGACAGUGGACUAUCCGCAAGGGCACCAAGGCUCCUCAGGCCGCUGGUGUUAUCCACACUGAUUUCGAGAAGACUUUCAUCCAGGCUAUUGUCUUCAACUUUGAGACUCUGAAGGAGUACGGUGACGAAGCCGCGGUCAAGGCCGCUGGUAAGGUCAUGACCAAGGGCAAGGACUACGUAGUGGAGGAUGGCGAUAUCCUGCUCAUCAAGGCGGGUGCUGCCAAGGGUUAA